CAAACUUCCUCGUCUUCCAAAGAUCGAGCUCCCUGAAAAUCUCAAGGAAAAAAAAAACAAUCUUUCCCUUAUCCAAAUCCAUAUUAGCAAACCAGAAGUCAAACCUCAAUUCCUAUUUCCAAAAAGGAAGGAACUUUCUUAGGAAAUUGUUACUAUAUUGAGCUCCAGCUCGCCGGAAUCCAUGGCAGCCGAACAAGCCCGGUUCCCGUUGUUCGCGGGGAAACGUGAAGGGAAUCGAUUUGGUAAGCGGGUACGGAUCUAUCUUAGCGGAUUCGGGCAAACGGGUAUAAACCCGUUAAGAAGAUCGAAGCGACGAAGCCUCUCAUCACUGGCGAGUGGCGACCCUUCUUCUCCUCCUCCACCUCCUCCUCCUCCUCGGCUCCUCCGAACUCCACCCACCACCAUCUCCAUGAGAACUCUUCCAAUCGUUCCGGGAUUCCUUGCCUCCAUUGCUUUCCUUCCUCUCCAUCCCGUCGCCAUUGCAAGUACUCACUAUCCUUGCGAAGACAUCCGUCAUUACUACUCCACUACCAAUGGAUUGCAUGGCAUUGAGCUUCAGAAGCAGCUCGGAUCCAUUGUUUCAGUUCAUGAUCCCAUUCCUUACCGAAAGGUAUGGGAUGCUCUUAUGAUUCUUGAUGCUGCGGAUGCUGAUAAUCCUGAGGCUUCUUCAGAUGUGAUUGAGAUUUAUUCAUUAAGGGCAGUGGCCAAACAGUUGGCAGGAAGACCUGAUGGAUGGAACAGAGAGCAUUUAUGGCCUCGAUCAUAUGGUCUGAUAGAUGCACCAGCACUGUCUGAUUUACACAAUAUCCGCCCUGCUGAUGUUAAUGUGAAUUCGUCGAGGGGAAACAAAUAUUAUGGUGAGUGUACCGAUACAUCUACCGACUGUUUGAGGCCAGCAAACCGUGAAGCUGCUCUUGAUACAGAAACAGAUAAGCAGAGAUGGGCACCACCAUUACAGGUUAGAGGGGAUAUAGCGAGGUCCCUGAUGUACAUGGCUGUGUGUUAUGGGUUUCAUGUUCCUGACAGAAACCCACCUUUGCAACUAUCUGAUUCACCGAAUGUCCAAAACAGGACAAUGGGACUGCUGUCUGAAUUACUUAAAUGGAAUGAAAUUGAUCCACCAUCAAGAGAAGAACAGCUGAGAAAUGAGAGGAUAUGCAAGCUUUAUCAGCACAAUAGAAACCCGUUCAUCGAUCAUCCAGAAUAUGCAAAUCUCAUAUGGAAGCCCACUAUUCCAACAAUCUCAACCACUUUCAGUCCGUCCCUACAAGCUUGGGUCAAUGAGUUCCAUUAUAACAACAAAGGUGAAGACCGAAACGAAUUUGUUGAGAUCAUAGUGGAGAGAUCAACCGAUGCAUCCACAUUAAAGCUUAUAUUAUACAAUGGAGCUGACGGAAAAAUGUAUGCAUCAUUACCGUUAGAAGACGGGCAAGUCUUUACUAUCAACAAUAGCGAUUCGGGAUUUCUCAUCUUCACAACAUUUGUUCGCCUGCAAAAUGGUCCUGCAGACGGCAUCGCAUUGGUUUCCGGCAGAAUUGAUGAUCACUAUGAAGUGAUUCAGUUCCUUUCUUAUGGAGGCACAUUGAAAGCAAAAGACGGGCCUGCGAAAGGGAUUGAGUCUAUCGAUCUUCAGCUUCAAGAGACCGAAAAAUCAUCGGAGGAUGAUUCUCUUGGACUGGCAGGACAAAGUCUCAGAGAACUUCAAUGGAGAAAGUUUGUGAGAGGAGCAACUCCUGGGAAGCUAAACAUUGGGGAGCAACUCCUGUGAGAGGAGCAACUCCUGAAGACACCAUGAUUCAUUCCAAAAUUAUACCACACUGAACUCAUCAAUUCAUUCAUUUAUUCAUUCAUUUGUCACUUAUUUUUUUCUUUUUUGCAAAUUAUAUAUUAACAUUUGAUCA